ACCGUGCAUUAUGCAACACGUGUGGGGCGUUGGGUGGAGCAAGCUAUCCUACAGCUCUGCUAGCUGCUGCACAACAGUGGAGCAAGCAGUCUUCUUUUAUUUGGAUGAAAUUCGAUCCGAAAACUAUAGCAAUCUCACAUGCAUCAUGUAAUUGUUUUCAGGGAUUGUAUAACAUUUAAACUAAGUUGAAACGUAUCUUAUCUAAUUUACUGUUAACAACUAAAUAAUAUUUUCUAUUAUUUUUCACAAUAUGGCGCUUAUUCAAGGUUAUGACAUAAGUUUUUCAAAUUAUUUUCCCUUUUAGUAGAACCUCGCUCACAAUCGCUGCCUGUGUGAGUUAUUUCACAACAAACUUGUCAACAAGCUUUAGCUUAAUUUUUUACCCAUUCUUUAGGAGGUUCUUUACGUCGAUAAUAUUAAGCUAGCAACCGUUACACACAUUGUUGCCCCAAUUUGAUAGCGAAUAUAGUUUUCGGUUAAAAAACUCUCCACUUCUCCAUACCACCAUGCUAACAUACUGAACUAUAUCGCUUUUUAUGUACAUUUUAUACAUAUUUUUUCACCUUAAACUUCUUCUAGAAAAGGUUGCUUCAAAUCAUUCCUUUUUAUCUGCACCGCACAAAUCUACUACGGUCACGUUCAUUACACAUUGUGCCCGCGAAGUAAGAAAUUUGCUACUGUCGAUUACUUUAUUUCGGCUUUUUUCCACGAAAAAACGCUCAGCUUAACGCUGUUUUCGCGUAAGGAAUGUAAUGGUGCAGAUUAAAUAGGAGAAGGAGUUUUAGGUUUCAAUCUCGAUCCAAUUUUUAUAGGGCAAGUUUCGUCACUUUCUCCGAUUGGUAAACUUUUUCUCUAUCUAUAGAAUUUAAGCAGGUUAUAUAUGCAAUUAGAAAUAGGAUCAGGGUUAGUGUGGAGAUACACCUUCAGCUGUUUAGAUAGUUAUUAUAUCACUUUUUAACUGAAGCUUGUUACCUCAUGUUACAUGUCUCAUGCUACAUGGCUUAGUGCAGUGUUUAUAAUGCAACUCCCAUACACGUCACGCGCCUUGCAUUUUGAAGGACUUUACGAGUCUGUUGCAGCCACGCACAAUGUAACCUAACACUCACACUUUUAUCAAAAGCUAAACAUACUUCGCGACUAAAUAACACAUCAUCUUAAAAUUGUUUAGUUGAAUCACAAGCUCCCAUUUAAAUAAUUCACAGUCAUAACAGUAGCCAACCGUUACGUUACGUUCGUUCGUUCUAGGGGCAAGAAUGUGACCCGAGUUCAAAAAGCAAAACAUCACACCUUUCUCUUUCCCCUUAUCACAACGGGUACCGGUCUGCUACACUAGUAACCCUCGAACCUGCGCGCUUUUCUUUCUUUUUUGCCUUCGCAGGUACGUGCGCGUCACUUGAGUAACGCGUAACGCGAGUCGCAAGUUUUGCGUGUGCACUAUAUAAACCGAACCCGGUUGAGGAAAGAGUCAUACUCAACAUUCAACUUUCAUCCACUCAACAACAAGGGCUUGAACUAGCUUGGCAGCUACUGAGAAGUUUUCCUGGAACAACUCGGUGUAUCGGUUGAAGAUGAAGGUAGCGACCAUUUUCACCACGACGUUGAUCGUCAUCUUGCUGCGGUUGGCCAACUGUAGCAAGGAACCGAUGUACGGUGCAAAGGCAAGCACACCGGAUCGUGCCUGUUCGCCACCACCGAACAGUUACGCCAGCAAGCGGGUAGGAAUCUCACCGACCACUCCCUACUACCCGAACCACUACGGCAGUGACGAAAGCAGUGAGGAACGCAUGCCAGACCAUUACGUGCCCAAGGUCCACUGCAAGGAUCCCAAGUGUCCGGAGAAGAGGUUGCCACUGUCCCUUUGCGUACAGCUACCGUCGGACGCACAUACGAAGCUGUCGAAAAAUCUGCUCCAUCAAAUCGUUUGCUCACUGAUGGACCCAUCGAAGCAUCAUCCGGCUCCGCAUGCACCGUACGAGUCGCACAAGAAACCCUGCGAAUAUCCGCAGAAACCCUGCGCAUGUACCAAAGCUCCGUACACUCCGCCGAAGGAGCCGUGUCACAAGCCGACCGAACCACCGCACAAGGUGUACGAGCCGACCCCGAAGCCGUGCCAUGCCGAAGAGAAACCCACCUAUGAGUACCCGAAGAAGCCUUACACGCCCCACGUACCAUACCACCCUACCCAUGCGCCAGUGAUGGAUCAUUACGAGCCAACUAAGAAGCCUUGCACUCAGCCCCACGUCCCGUACAAACCUACCUACGCACCGGAGAAACCGUCUUACGAGCCACCCAAAAAGCCUUACGUACCUCACAAACCUGCGUACGGAGCAUCGGCUGAGGUGUACGAGCCGGCCAAGAACAACUACAUGCCCCACAAACCUGCCUAUGGAGCAUCGGCCGAGCAGUACGACCAACCGAAGAAGAGCUACGCACCGCAGACCCCACCACACAAACCAACGUACGGAGCAUCGGCCGAAAAUUACGAGACCAAGAUGGCGUACACCCAGCCGAAGGAGUCCUACGCUCGUGUGCAGUACGGUGGACCGAAGGACACGUACUCUGCGACGGAAAAACCGUGCCACAAACCAACCACCCCAGCCCCUUACACCACUCCCCGACCGACUCCCUGUCCCAACCAUCCUACCACGGCCCGGCCCUACACCUAUCACACCACCACACACCCAACCUACGCUCCUUACACCGUCCCACCACGUUAUCCCUCCAUGACGUACAACAGUCAGACCUACCCGAAACCACCGUCGUACGUUCCGGCCAGCUACGAAUCGAAGGCACCGGCCCCAACCUACCCGAAGCCACCGAAAAAGCCUUGCCCGUGCACUGAGCGUCAUCGACCCAGCCAUGGCUACAACUACUAGGCAUAGACGCAACCGAACGAGCUGGCCAUCGUAGACAGUAAUAGACAGUGUAGGUUUUUGUAGCAGUCAAAGUAAACUUAUUUAUUUUAGGUGAUUUAAUAAAUUUACCGAAUGGGGUUCUUUAGAAAAUGAAA